CCAAGACCAGUUUCCUGUAGAAGAAAGUGUCGUUUACAGACUAAGUUUUGUUCCUUAGUAAUGGUUGAGGCUGACACUUGCAGCUUCUAGAAGCAAUCGAAUCUCUUUGGUAUCAGUCGCCUCCAAGCUAUGGUAAGAAAUCUAUCUUUAUGAAGCACUCGUUUAGAAAGGGUGCAACUCAAAAGGCUCCCCAAAUUUUAUGGUCUUUGUCCACAGAACCAAUAAACAAGUUUUAUAAGGCUAUCUGUAGUAAUAUAAAUUUUUGCCUAAAUGUUCUCUUCCUUGUAGUGAUCUAGAUACUCCUCAUCGGUUCUUGCAGAUAACUUGAGGCUUACUGUGUAACAUCCGAGAGAGUUUAUUCUACAGCAGUUAGUUGUCUUAGGAGAGCUCUUCAUUUUAGAAACUUUCUCGUGGCGUUUACAAGUUUCUACAACAUUGUCAAUACUAGAUAACACUCUGUUUUUCACAAUCCUAUAUCAACUUGACAACUGUACAAGUCAUAGAACACGGACAAUCACGCUUCAAAGAAUCUUCCAUAGCGGACUGAGAAUAUCCAUUGGACAAGAGAAAUAUUUAAGGCAAAUUAUUUCACGCAUUUCUCUUUAUUUCUUGAUUGUGGGUGUCUUUGGAACAUCAAAGUCUGUUUUGUGGAUUGAAUUAGAAUGAACGGUUCCCCUAAAAGUUAUCCAAGACCCGGAGAAAGUGGUUGCCCUGUUACUUUCAAGUCACAAUAUGAAAACUUUAUUGGUGGCAAAUGGGUUCCUCCUGUCAAGGGUCAAUACUUUGACAACGUGUCCCCUGUGAAUGGAAAAGUAUUCUGCAAGAGUGCACGUUCAACUGCUGAAGAUAUUGAACUGGCCUUGGAUGCUGCCCACGCUGCAAAGGACAAGUUUGGUGCAACAACUUUUGAGCAGAGAGCAAAGUUAUUGAAUCAGAUGGCAGAUGCUAUAGAACAAAACUUGGAGAAAUUAGCUCUUGCAGAGGUAUGGGAUAACGGAAAGCCUAUAAGGGAAGCUCUUGCUGCAGAUAUUCCUUUGGCAGCGGAUCACUUGAGAUAUUUUGCUUCAGCUGUACGAACUCAAGAAGGUUUUAUCGCCGAGCAUAAGGAAAAUACGGUUGCCUAUCAUUUCCACGAACCUUUAGGUGUUGUGGGAGCCAUCAUUCCUUGGAAUUUUCCUAUAUUGAUGGCUAUUUGGAAGUUAUCUCCUGCACUUGCCGGAGGUAACUGCAUCAUUAUUAAACCAGCAGAACAAACUCCAGCUUCUAUUAUGGUGCUAAUGGAAGUAUGGGCCAAUAUUGUACCACCGGGUGUUAUCAACGUUGUUACUGGUUAUGGGCCUGAAACAGGGAAACCUUUAGCAUGCAGUCCUCGAAUUGCCAAAAUAGCAUUUACAGGUGAAACCACAACAGGGCAGCUGAUCAUGCAAUAUGCUUCCCAAAAUAUCAUUCCAGUCACCUUAGAAUUGGGUGGUAAAUCUCCUAAUAUUUUCUUUGCAGAUAUUGCAAAUGAAAAUGAUGAAUUCUUUGAAAAGGCUGUGGAAGGUUGCGUUAUGUUUGUGUUGAAUCAAGGAGAAGUUUGUACUUGUCCAUCUAGGGCUCUUGUUCAUGAAUCUAUCUAUGACAAGUUUAUUGAGAAAGUAGUUCAAAGACUUGGCAAAAUUAAACAAGGAGAUCCAUUGAAUAUGGAGACUAUGGUGGGUGCUCAAGUAUCUACUGAACAGAUGGAUAAGAUACUUCAUUACGUUGAGCUGGGAAAGAAGGAAGGUGCACAAUGUAUUGUUGGAGGAAGUGGAAAGAAAGCAAUUGGAGGUGAACUAGAAGGUGGUUAUUAUAUUGAGCCAACGAUAUUCAAAGGAGACAAUAAGAUGAGAAUCUUCCAAGAAGAGAUAUUUGGGCCAGUAUUGAGUGUAACAACAUUCCGUACGGAGGAGGAAGCUAUUCAAAUUGCCAACGAUACUUCUUAUGGUUUAGGUGCUGGACUAUGGACUCGAGAUAUUAUGAAAGCUUAUCGAGUAUCGCGAGCAAUCAAAGCUGGUCGUGUUUGGGUCAACUGCUAUCAUGAAUAUCCUUCUCAUGCAGCAUUUGGAGGUUAUAAAAAGUCUGGAUUCGGUCGCGAAUGUCACAAGUUGACUUUGGAACACUAUCAACAGUUGAAGAAUAUCAUCAUUAGCUACUCGCCUCAGCCUACUGGUUUAUUUUAAUUCAGAGAGGAAAUGUGAGAUCUUGUUGCCUUGCCCUUCUUAUGCCGUAGUUGUUGUUUGAUGGGAAUGUUUCAUUUGCUUGUUAUAAACCUUGAUGUGUAUCGUGGCUUCUUUUGUCGAAAUCUGUUUGUUAAAAUUUUUUUCCUCAUACAAUGUUCCUAUUUCAAUAGAGUGAAACUAGAGUAGGAUGUGACAUUGCACACACUGUAUUGGUUCUAAAAUAGAAGGGAAUCGCAAAAAACUCACAGACUUGUGUAGAAAAUCCUUGUUGACACAAGGUCUCUCUAACGGAGAGCAGUGUUACUAUCCAAGGACUGAUGACAGACGAAGACAUCAAAUAGAGUUGUCUUUCAUUGAAUUGUCAUGUAGUUUGUAGUGGUUUUG